AUGCUCACUCCGAAGUACUGUACCAUUCUCGUAUCCUUCAUCAUCGUCUAUUUCACCCUGCUCGAUAUCACAUACUCGAAGAGUGGCAAUGAUGUUGCGUGCAACGUUGACCUCAUUUCUGUAUCUCUUGAUUUGUCUCUGCGCGUCUACUCAUGCGAGCCGUCUGGUUACGAAAGAGUCGCCAGAGUAUGCACAGCGAGUAUACUCUACGCCAACGGCACUGCAAUCGACGCAGCCAAAAUCGAAGGAGAUACGUUAUACAAACAAGCCAUGAGACAAGUUAUUCAAGACAAAGAAUCUUCGACCUCACUUGCCGAGAUACAUCUGCCAGAUGAGCAAUCUAUCACCGCAACAGACAUCAACGCAACAGCAGUGUUUCUACCAAUCCUGCAAUUCCUAAAACUCGAGGCGAACAAACACAUCAACACCUCUCUAAUGGAAAUUUACGUUACCAUUUCCUCACCUCUGGACGACUCGGCCCUCUUCGCUCUACACUCGGCAAGUCAAGCUCUAGGCGUAGGACCUAUCCCCUUGAGUAUCCCAGCAUGGCAAUCUGCCCUCCGCGGCUGGAAUAUAACUUCCCACUGUCCUUCUUACAAGACAUGGCCUGAACCGGCCUCAGAGCUGGAUGAUCCGGAACAAUUAGUGUUGAUUGUGGAGUAUACGCGAGCGGGGUUGAUAGCGGUGUUGGCGAUGGAGGAAUGCGGGUUUUCGAUGGAGGAAAGGGAGAUCAGGAAUUUUACUCUAGGUUCUGCGGUGGAUUGGGAAGGCAAGAGUGAUGAUUUGGAAGUUGCGAUCAGGGAGGUUACAAAGCCGCCUUUCGCUACGGGUUCGUCGUUGUGGCGGUAUGGUCCUGGAGGUGAGGAUGUCAGAACAAGAGAUGAUAUUGCAGAGGUCGUGGUGAUAGGAGAAAGUGCGAAUGAUGAGGUGUUAUCAAAGGCACUGGAAAGCGUGUUCGGAGAGCACUGGCAGUCGUUGGAGCAAAGACAUGACGAGAGAGCUGCAAAUGUGGAUCCGAUAUUCGUUGCGGCGAGGGGAGCAGCUACAAGGGCUUUUGAAGAUUUGGAGUGGUUGACCAAUGAUGAUUGGGUCGAUGUAAUGGACCUUGCUAAGGAAAGUGGCGAGUUACGUACGUGUAAAGGGAGCGAAUAG